UACGGGAAGAAGAUUCAUCAUUCAUCGCAAUCAAGUCAGCAAAAGUCAAGCAAACUCGAGGCAAUAAUUUAAAAUAAUUCCAAGAAUCUCACUUUAUUGGGUUCCAUUAUCAGCCUUGGAAAAGUCUACGGAGCCAACCCAGAAACGAGGGCUCUCCGGCGAAACGAACACGAUGGAGCUACUGAGUCCGACCCAUCCGCCGGUCCGCGCAGGCGAUUCCUUCUCUGGGUUUUCUCCUCCGGCCAGUUUGAGAGGUGGGCUUGAGCGGACAGCGACUUCUCAGCUGCCGGAAAUUGUCGAAGAAGGUGGAGAUAGAAUAUACGUGGCGGUGGGCAGGUCGGUCGGCAAAGCCACUGCUCUGCUCCGGUGGACUUUCCGGCAAUUCGAGGGCAGAGAAAUCUGCAUUGUUCAUGUCCAUCGACCUUCUCCGUUGAUUCCUACUCUUCUGGGGAAGCUACCAGCUAGUCAAGCUUGCAGUGAAGUGGUAUCUGCUCACAGGAGGGAGGAGAGAGAGCAGAUGAGGAAACUUUUAUUGUAUUACUUAGGCAUUUGCUGCCAAUCUAAGGUUAAAUCAAGCAUCCUUGUAACUGAAGCUUCUCAAAUUCAAAGUGGAAUUGUAGAUCUGGUGAAUGAGCAUCAUAUUAGGAAGCUUGUAAUGGGAGCCGUGCCAGAAAAUUGUAUGAAGAUGAAAAAGAGCUCUAGCAAAGCCAGUUAUGCUACAAAAUAUGCUCCCCAGUACUGUGAGAUAUGGUUUAUCAAUAAAGGGAAACAUGCUUGGACAAGAGAAGCUUUUGAAGGCCCAAGUUUUGUGGUGUCCACCACCAGUCAGUCAGAGACUGCUACUGCUGACAAUUUAAGAUUCAGAUCAUUGCAAGAUCACAGGAGUGGGUUGAUGAUCCACCCUGAAUGUCUUCACUCCAGCUCUGCUAGAAGUACUCUUUGUGAUGGAACUAGGAAAUGGAUGAAAUCCGAAUCAGUUCAAACAGAAGUGGCUUUAACACCCACUUUACCCAGUUCUGUUAACAGAUCUAAUCCACACUAUUGCAAUGGUUCAUCAAGUCCAACAAGCUCUUGCUCUAGCUCUGGAUAUGCUUCUUCUGCUGAACAAAGGAUGUCUUUAGAAUCUGCAACCAACUUUGAUGAGGAAAGCUUACACACUCAACUUAUAGAAGUAAGAAUAGAAGCUGAGGCAUCGAGGGAUGAAGCAUUUCAAGAGUUUCUGAAACGCAAAAACUUGGAAGCUGGUGCUGUUGAAGCUAUUGACAAGGUCAAAGCUUUGGAAUCUGCUUGUGCUCAUGAAAUACAACUUAGAAAAGAAGCUGAAGAUGCACUAACAAUGACAAUCCAGGAACAAGAAAAGCUGUUGGAAGAAAGAGAAGAAUUAACUAGGGAGCUACAAAAGGCUAUGAGGAAUAUCGCUCUUCUAGAUAGUCAUGCACAAGAAGCACAUCAUCUCCAAGAAGAGGCUUCUGGAGAAUUAAAACUCAUCCAUGCAUCAGUUGCAGCUUUGCAGCUCGAAAAACAGAAGAUCCAGUGGCAGAAAAUGGAAGCUACAUGUUGGCUUGAUCGUUGGAAAAACCGUGGACAAGCAGGAAAUGCAAAUUAUAUUGGGCUAGUUGGGUGUACUGAAUAUUUGCCGCAGUUAGCUGAAUUUUCAUUAGCAGAUCUGCAAACUGCAACUUGCAAUUUCUCUGAGAGCUUCAAGAUUGGUCAGAGUGGAUAUGGUUCUGUGUACAAGGGGGAAAUGUUGGAUAAGACUGUUGCCAUAAAAAAGCUGCAUCCACGUAACAUGCAACAACAAUCUGACUUCCAGCAAGAGGUUCAAGUACUUGGCAAACUACAACAUCCUCACCUUGUGACUUUGAUUGGCAUAUGUCCGGAUGCCUGGUCUCUUGUAUAUGAGUACAUGCCCAAUGGAAGCCUCCAAGACUGUCUUUUCCGAAGAAGCAAUCUUUGUUUCUUGAGCUGGAAGAUCCGAGCACAAAUCAUUGCUGAAAUUUCGAGUGCUCUUUUGUUUUUGCACUCACGUAAACCUGAAAAGAUUGUACAUGGUGACCUAAAACCCCAAAACAUCCUCCUCGAUUCUGAUCUCAGCUGUAAGAUAUCAGAUUUUGGGAUUUGUAGAAUAAUGUCACAGGACACCCUCCGGUGCCCAAGUUUUCGGCGUUAUACUGAGCCGAAGGGUGCUUUCUCAUAUACGGAUCCUGAGUUUCAUAGAACUGGAUCAUUGACGCCUAAGUCUGACAUUUACUCUUUCGGUCUGAUCAUUCUCCAGCUACUCACUGGAAAGUCUCCAGUAGGAUUGGCAAGCGAGGUGCGGAAAGCAGCGUCAUGUGGGAAAUUAGCAACCAUCUUGGAUUCAUCUGCAGGAGAAUGGCCUAACUUUGUGGCAAAGCAACUAGUGGAUGUGGGGUUGCAGUUUUGUGAAUCAAGCAGUAGGGAUAGGCCUGAGCUAACACCAAGGUUGGCUAGAGAAUUGGAGCAGUUACGUACCAUAGAAGAACAGCCGGUUCCAUCUUUCUUCUUGUGCCCUAUCCUUCAGGAGAUAAUGCACGACCCUCAGGUGGCAGCCGAUGGUUUCACCUACGAAGGAGAAGCCCUGCGUGGAUGGUUUGAGGGUGGCCGGGAAACUUCUCCGAUGACCAAUUUGAAAUUGGAUCACCUGCAUCUCACUCCCAACCACGCACUGAGACUUGCAAUACAAGAUUGGCUUUGCAAGUCCUAGAAAUCCCAUUUACAGUAUACCUGCUGCUAUGCCAAAUCUGUAUUUUUUUUUUUUUUUUUUUUUGGGGGGGGGGGGGGGGG